AUGUCCAAGAGCCAAAAGAGCGAAAAGGACUCAAAACACUCGCUAAAGCUUCCGACCACAGUUCGUCGCCUGUCAUCCGCUUCGCCCGCUCCUUCAGGGUCCCAAUCCGCCACACCUGCCGCUCAACUCCGAGUAAAGGUCGAUCGUCCGUCGCCGUCUGCUUCGUCAAAGACUCCGCUGUUGCGCACAUCUUCGACUGCUCUACGUAGUCAGGCAACUACCCGUUCCGUCCAAGCUAAAUAUAGCAAAACCCGUGCGAUGGCUCUCAGCAAUUUCGUUGCCGUCUCUGACAGACUGGUGCAUUUCGAGAGUCGGGUCAGAGGGCCUGCAGCCGAAGAUGACAAUGUACACACGUACGAAAUCCGUCGUGACCGGCUGCAAGUCCUCUGGGACAACGUCGAAGCCGCUUAUUCCACAUGUGCUGAUGCACUGCAUCAAGACGGCGACGGUGAAGGCACACAGGCGAUGGAGGCAAAGUACGAUCACUGCUAUGCAGUGUACGAGCGGUGUCUCGCCCGUGUUAAGGGGCAAAUUACCCAGGUUUCCGGGUCCAGCAGGAGUGAAGCAUCCGUUCCUCCUGUAUACUCCAGUGGCUGCCGGCUCCCUCCAGUCGACACCGAAGUUUUCCGUGGGGAUUACUUGCGGUGGCCGACUUUCCGUGACCUUUUCACGGCCAUCUAUGUCAACAAUCCAAGGUUGACUCCGGUCGAGAAACUUUUCCAUCUGAAUUCGAAGACCGCAGAUGAGGCCAAUGAAAUAGUAGCUAAAUUUCCGCUGACGAACGAUGGUUUUGCGUCGGCUUGGGGUGCUCUCUGCGAACGGUUUGAGAACAAGCGCUUGUUGAUCACAAGCCAAUUGAAGAUCCUAUUUAACCUGUCCACGGUUACCCAAGAGUCGGGAGCAGCUAUCAAGGAGCUGCAGAGCACGAUUCAGCGUUGCUUGACCGCUCUUGAGCAGUCAGACAUUUCCGUCUGUAGCCCGUUCGCAGAUUGCAUCCUUGUUUUCCUCUGCUCGUCCAAACUUCCCAAGCUCACACUCUCGUUGUGGGAGCAGUCGUUGGUGGACAAAGCGAAAAUUCCCGCAUGGCAGGAUAUGAGCACGUUCCUCAAUGAGCGUUACCGUACGCUCGAAGCUAUUGAGGACGUAAAACAGACUGCCAAUUCACAGAUCGCGACUGCAGGACCAUCCCGUCCGCAGAAUUCGAAGCGAGUCAACUCCUUUGAGGCCCGAGUCACUCCGAAAAGCAAAUCGUGUGACUUGUGCUCAAAGGAGAAUCACCCUGUCCGGGUGUGUCCGCGUUUCUUGCAAAUGUCGGUCAACGAGAGGAUGACAUACAUCAAACAGAAAAGUCUCUGUUUGAACUGUUUCGCAAGAGGUCACCAACUCCGAGAGUGUACAAGUGCGCACAAUUGCUUUACAUGCAAAGGGCGGCACAACACUCUUCUCCAUCGGGGUGACAGUGCCCACAAUGGUGCCUCUUCAUCGUCCAACAUACAGUCCACUCCAAAUCCAACGGCAACAAAUGUGCAGAGUUUCUUUGCUAAUAACGCUCAGAAUGUCCUUCUCGGCACGGCUGUCAUCAAUGUUUGCCACUUGGGCACUACAUAUACCGCACGUGCGUUAAUUGAUUCCGGGUCCGAAGCGACCUUCAUUUCUGAGCGUUUGUUCCAACGCAUUAAGUUGCCUUUCCAGUCCGUGCGAGCCCAGGUAUCCGGGCUAAAUCACGCAGUUGCGGCCCAAUCGCAGAAGUUAUGUCACUUCAGCAUUGGUUCUCCGACGAAGCCGAGGCUCCAUAUCGAGACUUCGGCAUUCGUAAUUCCACAGUUGGCAGGCAAACUGCCCUCCUUCGAUAUGCCGCGAACUUUCCUCAAGGAUCUACCAGCGAUAGAACUGGCAGAUUCACAUUUCUACAAGAGCGCUCAGAUCGAUGUACUAAUUGGCGCGGAUAUCCUUCCGUCGGUCAUCUUGAGCGGCUCCCGGCCAAACAUUUGUGGCUCACUCCUUGGGCAGGAAACCGUGUUUGGCUGGAUUCUUACCGGCCCCGUCUCCCAGAGUAUGUCGACAACUGUUUCUGCGUUUUCGACAAGAGUCGCCCUCCAAGCAGACGAACAGCUCGACAGCCUACUUUCCAAAUUUUGGGAGGUGGAGGAUAUUCCAGCGAAGCUGAUAAAGGAGUCAGACUUCGUUUGCGAAGAGAAUUUCGUUAAGACUACUUCUCGUAGCACAUGUGGCAGAUAUCGGGUGACUCUUCCAUUCCGGAAGCCCGAUGGCAUUGAACUGGGUCAUUCCAGAUCUAUAGCGCUGGCUCAAUUCCUCAAGAACGAGAAUCGUUUGUCAAGAAACGAUUCUCUAAAGGAACAGUACAAUGCCGUUCUCCAGGAGUACGUGGACUUGGGUCAUAUGACACCCAUAUCGCCUCAAGCGAUUGGCACGACUCCUAAUUUCUACCUGCCUCACCACGCAGUAUUCAAACCGGAUAGCACCACAACGAAGGUGCGGGUCGUUUUCAACGCAUCUUGUCCAUCCUCAAAUGGCAAGAGUCUGAAUGAUAUCCUUCAUUCAGGGCCCAUUCUCCAAUCGGAUCUUACGAUGCAGAUCCUCCGAUGGCGAUACUAUCGAUAUGUGUUCAAUGCGGACAUAACGAAGAUGUAUCGCCAAAUCCUCAUGGACUCAAAGCACACACCGUUCCAACGAAUUCUGUUCCGCACGUCGGACGGUGUGAUCCGUGACUUUGAGUUGAACACGGUGACAUUCGGUGUCAACUGUGCGCCUUUCCUGGCUCUACGAGUCCUUCAGCAACUUGCUGAUGACAUACGCUUGGAGUAUCCUCUCGCAAGCCAUGUCAUCUCCAACAACAUGUACGUGGACGACGUCCUAGCGGGGACACACACAAGAGAAGAGGCCAUCCGGACCAUUACGGAAGUGUGUGCAGCCCUGGACAGUGCUGGCUUCCCGCUGAGGAAAUGGACGUCGAACCAUAAGAGCGUGCUGAAGGACAUUCCAAGGGACCAUCUACUACGAGAAGACUUCCUCGAACUCGAAGACUCUAGUACGGCGAAAACUCUGGGCAUCAGGUGGCAAGCUCACGAUGACGAGUUCUUCUUCAUGCCACCAGAAGUUGCCCAUCAGGACUCCUACACGAAGAGGGAAGUGCUCUCGCAAAUCGCUAAGCUUUUCGACCCAGCCGGGUGGCUGGCCCCUUUCGUUAUCCGAGCCAAGAUCUUCAUGCAGGAGAUCUGGCUGAGAACGCUCGAAUGGGACGAGCACCUACCCACGGAUCUUUCACUCCAAUGGAAGGAGUACCUCCAGAGCUAUCCUGCUCUGGGAAAGAUCCGAUUCAAGAUGGGUCCAAAGACACGAGUGAAGCUCCAGUACCACGGAUUCUGUGAUGCGUCAGAAAGGGCGUAUGGAGCAGCGAUCUAUGUCCGUGUGGAAACGGCGAACAAGGUUUCCACACAUCUCCUUACUGCGAAGACAAAGGUGGCUCCGGUCAAGUCUCUCUCAGUGCCACGUCUGGAGCUUUGUGGCGCAGUCCUGUUGGCUGAGUUAUCUGCUGCCCUCCUCCUGAACCUGCCAGCAGAAAGUUUCCAGACUUUCUUUUGGACCGACUCAACAAUUGUUCUCGCCUGGUUGAACAAGCCACCCUGCCGAUGGACAACCUUUGUGGCCAAUCGAGUGGCCAAGAUUGUCCAAGCCAGCGACGCCAAGAACUGGUCGCAUGUGCGAUCCGAGCACAAUCCGGCAGAUCUGGCAAGCCGUGGUGUCCUGCCACAAGAAUUGGUUCGUAAUCCGUUGUGGUGGCAUGGACCAGAGUGGCUUCAUCUCCCGUCGGAUCAAUGGCCAUCUUCUCCAAGUCCCAUUCCGGAGACUCUGCUGGAGCAGCGGAUUAAAUGCAACGUCGCUAAGUCGCCUCCGACUCCCGACUUCCUGAGCAGGUUCUCUGAGUUUGGCAGGGCACUGCGCACGUCUGCCUAUGUUCUCCGAUUCAUCGAUAGGAGUCGAAAGUUGGCAGUUCCAAGCUCUACCGUGGUCCAGGCGGAUGAGCUGUCACGGAUCCAAGAGCGGCUAAUCGUCAUGGUUCAACGACACACUUUUCCUCAGGAAUACCAUUGUCUGCAGUCCAAGCAGCAGGUCCCUUCCUCAAGUUCAAUCCGAAACUUGAACCCUUUCCUCGAUGGCAAGGGGAUUCUACGGGCCUGUGGGCGUCUGAGGGCGUCCCACUCGCUGCGUUAUGAUGAGAGUCAUCCAAUAAUCCUCUCGUAUUCCUCGUCCUUUGCACGACUACUGGUUCGUUUCACCCAUCGUAUAUCCUUACAUGGGGUCCUCGUUAAAUCCACCAUCAACUCCUGCAAGGUUUGCGUCAUCUACAAGAAGAGACUGCAGACCCAAAUGAUGGGGGACUUGCCCAAGGAAAGGGCGUCCUACUCGAGACCUUUCACGCACACUGGAGUCGACUUCGCCGGCCCAUUCGAAAUAAAGAAUUACACUGGCCGAGCCUGCCUCAUCACCAAAGGGUACGUCUGCGUCUUCGUGUGCUUCAGCACGAAGGCGAUCCACUUGGAGGCAAUAUCGGAUCUCACGACGGAGAAAUUCCUGGCCGCAUUCUCCCGUUUCAUCGCACGGCGCGGGUGUCCCCACCAAAUGUACUCGGACAACGGGAAAACCUUCGUUGGAGCUGACAAGGUGAUCUCCAACGACUUCUUGGAGGCGACGAGGGAGUGCAUCAUCGCACAACACGCCCACAAGAGCCUAUCCUGGCACUUCAACCCGCCGGGCGCCCGCAUAUGGGUGGAUUAUGGGAAGCCGGCGUAA